GUUGAUACAAUAAUCAAUUUUAAUUUUUAAUAAAGCUGUAGAAAACAGCAAUGGCUUUUAGUGAAGGUGAAGUUUGUAGAAUUUGUUUAAGCGUUAAUGUACGCAUGGUUGUACUAAAGGAGACUGGUCUCCAAAAUUUGUAUAGGACAUUGACGAACAGUUUUUCAAUACCAAAACCGCAUAAGGUUAGAGAUGAGAUUAAAUUCACACCAAUUUAUCAUAUAGAUAUCUGGCCUGUAGAGUGUGAUAUAGACAAUGAUUGCAAGGACGAAAUUUUUUGCCUUGAUGCCGUUAAAGUUGAGGAAGAGAUUUUCGAAUAUGAGAAUUCCAAAUUUGAAGAAAAUGAGAAUCAUGAAACAGAACCAUACAUCAUACCGACAAAUCAUUUUUCAAAAGCGUCUGAGAGCCAGAUUAAAUCAAAUUCUACUGAUUGUAACAUAAACGAUGUUCGUAAAGGAAACCUCGAUUUAGAAAGCCCUACUAUUAAAUCAAAGCCUAAAGUCAAAAAAGAUAAUCAACCAUUUAAUAAAAAAGGAAAGCAUCCUGCAAAGAUUAUGAAAAAGAAAACAUUGAAACAAAAGAGUGUAAAUAUGCUUACGAACAACACGUCAGGGGCAUCAACAAAAUACAUUUUUGAAUGUGAUGGUUGUAGCAAAAAAUUUUCAACAAAAGACAUUCUCGCCAAACACAUUUCAUACAGUCAUAAGACGCAAAAGAACCAAAAGAACACCACUGCAGUUCGGACACCAGUGGAACAAACUCCAGUACCACAACUAACGGAAAUAUUUAAUUGUGAUAUUUGCGAAUUUAAAACAUCUCAAAAACGUUGCAUAUUGGCACAUCUUAACGCGCACGUCGCUGAACAAGUGUACUGUUGUAAUAAUUGUGAUUAUAAAAGUAUAAGAAAAGAUAAUUUGCAAACACAUAUGAAAAUACAUACUGAAGAAAAACCUUUUUCAUGUAAUAUCUGUGAAUAUAAAUGUAUUACAAAAAGUGAUUUGCAAAGGCAUAUGAAAAUACAUACUGGAGAAAAACCUUUUUCAUGUAAUAUCUGUGAAUAUAAAUGUAUACAAAAAAGGUAUUUGCAAAAGCAUAUGAUAAUACAUACUGGAGAAAAACCUUUUUCAUGUAAUAUCUGUGAAUAUAAAUGUAUAGAAAAAAGUAGUUUGCAAAGGCAUAUGAAAAUACAUACUGGAGAAAAACCUUUUUCAUGUAAUAUCUGUGAAUAUAAAUGUAUAGAAAAAAGUAAAUUGCAAAUGCAUAUGAAAAUACAUACUGGAGAAAAACCUUUUUCAUGUAAUAUCUGUGAAUAUAAAUGUAUUACAAAAAGUGAUUUGCAAAGGCAUAUGAAAAUACAUACUGGAGAAAAACCUUUUUCAUGUAAUAUCUGUGAAUAUAAAUGUAUAGAAAAAAGUAAAUUGCAAAUGCAUAUGAAAAUACAUAGUGGAGAAAAACCUUUUUCAUGUAAUAUCUGUGAAUAUAAAUGUAUUAGAAAACAUAUGUUGCAAACACAUUUGAAAAUACAUUCUGGAGAAAAACCUUUUUCAUGUAAUAUCUGUGAAUAUAAAUGUAUUCAAAAAAGUGAUUUGCAAAGGCAUAUGAAAAUACAUACUAGAGAAAAACCUUUUUCAUGUAAUAUCUGUGAAUAUAAAUGUAUAGAAAAAAGGUAUUUGCAAAAGCAUAUGAUAAUACAUACUGGAGAAAAACCUUUUUCAUGUAAUAUCUGUGAAUAUAAAUGUAUUAGAAAAAGUGAUUUGCAAAGGCAUAUGAAAAUACAUACUGGAGAAAAACCUUUUUCAUGUAAUAUCUGUGAAUAUAAAUGUAUAGAAAAAAGGUAUUUGCAAAAGCAUAUGAUAAUACAUACAGGAGAAAAGCCCUUUUCGUGUAAUAUCUGCGAAUAUAAAUGUAUUACAAAAAGUAGUUUGCAAACACAUAUGAAAACACACACUUGAGCAGAACCCUUUUUGUGAGAGAUCUGGUAAAAUAUGUGCAAUAUUAUGUAAACGUGUUUUAUAUUAAUAUAAAAGUAUACUAGA